AUGAAUUCCGAACAGAGUCUCAUCGAGCAGCUUAAACAAAAGGAGUUCAUGGCGUGUCAGAGUAAGUUAUUAUUGCAUCAUCACGUUUGGUCUGGGAUUUCUUUCCGAGAACUUGCUUUUCAUUGAGCUUGUUUAUAUUGAGGUAGUUCCUUGUUAGAAAAAGUGGGGUUUAAUGAUGACAUUUUUUGGGAUUUUAAGAUUUUUUGAAGCUUUCUGAGCUUUGAAAAUGCAACUUUUUCAAAAUUACAAAAAAAAUUUUAAAGUUUUUUUUUCAAAUUUUUUUACUAAUUUUAACCUUCUUCAGAUAUCCUCUUCUCCCUCAUGAACCAACAACUACAAAUCCCCCAAUCGCCUCCAGAAAUGAGCAUUUCCACGAUGUUCAACUUGCCAGCCAUCAGCCCAAUGUCAUAUCUACCCACCUCCCCCUCACCCGCCUCUACCGUAAUCCCCUCCUCAUCCAUCUCGCCGGUAGCGUCGCCUUCAUCGUCGGUGGAUUCGGGGAUUGACGGCGAAGACGACAAACGCCCCCACCAAUGCCCCGAAUGCCUGAAGCGAUUUCGAUUCAAGUCGAAUUUGUUUGAACACAAAACCCUGCACCAACGUUCCACGCCGUUCGUCUGUCCGUUCUGCUCGAAAACGUGCCGUCUGAAGGGGAAUCUGAAGAAGCACUUGCAGGUUCACGUCAACUCGUCGCAGGAGUUGGAGGAGUUGUGGAAGAAGCGGUUCUCACGAUCGUCUGGCCGACCACGGAAGCAUCCUUUGCCUCAGCAGAGCCCCGACGUGCUCAGCGUGAAUCAAAUGCCAGUACAGCCGUUGAACAACUUCAACCUGUUCAACGUGCCCAUGGUGCAGAUUUGA